AUGAAGAUGUUCUUCAAAGAGGACGAGCAACCAACCGCGUCCCCGAUGUGGUCGUCUCUCGCCGGGGCGUUCAUGCUCGGGACCGGUUUGCCGAUGCUGAAACUCGGCGUGGACGGGAAAGCGGACAAAGGGUCGCUGUUGAUGGCGACGGGGUUGAUGGCCGCGGGCGCGGGGCACAUGGCCGUGAACGCGAAGAAGUUCAAGCCGGAGAUGUUGGCCGUGAAUGCCGCGAUGGUUGGUGGCGUCACGUACUUGAACGCGAUGGCGUUGAAGAACGCGUAA